AUGUCGCGUAGAUUCCCCGCAACAUCCACCUCUACUGCUAUCUCUCGCCACUGCUUCUCGCGCCGCACAUUCCCCACCCAGCGCGUCUCCACCUCUUCCUCCCCUCUGGUGACUACUGCCAGAUCAGCACUCUCGCGACUCACAUCCCUCGCUAUAAUUAUCUCCGUUAUAUCAUCCUCGCCCCCUCUACAAUCAGACUUUUCAGCCCCACGAACCACCUCUGAAUUCGCGUCGUUCACUGGAUUAGAUCCCCUUUCGUUACUAUCACGGUCCAAUGGCGUUCGAGUGUUGGCGGAGGCGUGGAGGUUCAAGGAGAAUCCUCUUGAAACCGCGAAGCAUCCGCGCAUGGUUACCCUAUUUUCCGUGGAGUGCGGUCCCUACUUUGACUGGCAGACCGUGGGGCUCAUGCACAGCUACAGGCGCAGCAAGCAACCAGGUCCCAUCACCAGACUCUUGAGCUGCACGGAGGAGCAGCUAAAGGAUUAUCCCAACAUGGACCUCGCUCCCACGCACACUGUGCCCUCUAUGAGCAUCAACUACAGGACCGGAGACUGGUAG